GACGCGACGCCGAGCCGCAUUGCUCGUGGUCGUCGGCUUCGUGUGAAGACCGUGACUCGUAUAAUCGCGGAAUCGAUCGGUUGCGAGGAACGAUUAUAUCGAUCCACCAAGUGCGGCUGACCGAGCUAUGGAUCAAUUAACAAUUGUUCCGAUGACACGUCCACGUAAUGACGUUCGAAACUGUGCGAAACGUCGCUGAGAGAUUUACGCAGGUACACCACCAUCGCUAGAUCACCUAUAAUCGAUCGGUUUAAGGAAUUACAAUCAUCAAUCGGAUGAAAACUUCAUUGUAACUAGAAUUAGUCUGCGUCAAGUGUUGAUUUUGAAGAUCAUCUUGGUAUCAAUCAGAUCAAGACGUCAUUGAUCUUUUAGACAUUGUUAUAUACAAUUCGUUUGAGUCAGUGUCAGAGGCAGGGAUCGUUAUAUUGCUCAAGUGACACCUAGAUUCGGUUGGAAUCCAAUAGUGUUGACAUUGCAAGGACAUAAUCUCACCAGAAAGUAUGUGUUAAAAAUCUACAGUGGUCGCAGGAUAUGGCAGCUAUGCAUUACAACGCGCAGAUGGUCUCAGAAGACUUGCAUCAGCAUCCGCGACAUCUCUACAGCCUUCAACAGAGACUUCAGGAUCCCGGAUCUUCGCCCAGAUCGGAGGAUGCCAGAUCGCCGCUGGACAGCCGAGUGAGAUCGCUCGAGGAAGUGCGUUUCGUGGGUGCUAGAUCGCCGGACGUGGAAGAUAGAGUAAUCAGAUAUCACGAGGAUGCCGGAAGUAAACGUUUCCCGAAAGACCACUCGGGGCCUGUUUUCUUCCAGGAUUCGGAAAACUCGUCCAGAAAAUGUUUUAGCGACGGAAUAGCGACGAGUCGUUGCCGCGAGUCGGAAAGCUCUCCCGGAAGGACGUCUUCGCCGCAAAAUUACAUCCUCAGCUCGUCCAAUCAGCACAAUAGCUCCAUUGGCAAAACGUCUUUCUGCAUCGAUGCGCUUCUGGGUCGCGCUACGAAGCAGAAUGAAAUAGAACAAUCGUCGGCCGAUCGACAGAAAUCGUUCUCCAGAAAUCACGGUGUCCAAUCUGAUGGCCUGAAUCUCGGUGGCAUUCAGGAACGGGAAUCCCCCACCGCCAUAAGAUGUUCCGGAGAUCAAAGAACCGCCUUGAGAAAUUCUCUAAAUCCUUUCGUUCAGCAUCACGAAUCCGAUUCGCCCAGUCUGGAAGCACGAGAUAGACACUCCUCCAAUCGCGAGACCGUUCUCGGCCUCCAUUCCAGCGAUUCCGGCGUGUCGGUCCAAAGGGGCCAGUUCAGGCCCGAAACGGGGACCAGCAACUAUCGGAACGACCGGCUCGAGAACGUCGAGGACGACACGUCGGUCGACGUGGACCCGACGCGAACCGGAAGCGCCAGUCCCGGGAGUAACGCGAGUCGCAGUCCCGCUUCCAGCCCUCCGAUAUCUCCCGGCUCGGAGGAUCCGUCCAGUAACGGGGUGCUGAGCCAUCAGAGCCUCGCAUCCGGGCCCUACGGCGUGGGCGCGGCGGUGGUCAGGCAGAAUCAGGGCCUCCUACUGCAUCCCGCGGGACCACUCAUCCAUCCCGGAGGAUUGUACUAUCAUCCGGCCGGCGGCAGCGCCUUCCACUCGAUACACAAGGAGGGUCAGCCGGUCGGCCAUCCCCAAUCUGGAGGGCCUCAUCCUCAGCAGCAUCACAUCCAUCCACUCCAGCUCGAGUGGUUCGCCCGGACCGGCAUGUUAUACCCGAGACUUCCCGCGGAUCUGGCCGGUUGCGCGGCACAGCAUGCAUUGCUGGGCAAAACUAGGAGGCCUAGGACCGCCUUUACGUCCCAGCAGCUCCUCGAAUUGGAGAAGCAAUUCCGACAGAACAAGUACCUCAGCAGACCGAAGAGGUUCGAGGUCGCGACGUCGCUGAUGCUCACGGAAACGCAGGUGAAGAUCUGGUUUCAAAAUCGCCGAAUGAAAUGGAAACGCAGUAAGAAGGCGCAGCAGGAGGCUCGUACGAGCGGAAAGGUCGAGGAAGCCGGAAGCGCGAGGAGUGCCGAUAGGGACACUGGAAGUGACGUCAGCGUGAAUGCACCUGGAACACCGGAGGAAUCUAGAGGAACGCUCCAGGAAAGUCAGAGAACUGGAACGGACCUCCAGGAGCCUUUGUAUCGGCCUUACGUGGUCUAAAAGAGCAACGGAAGCAUUUAACUGUUGGGGGACCAACAUUUUUCGAAAAUGCGCGAAAAAAGAACAGUAUUCGCGAACGUACACAGACGUUUCAGCCGCUCAUUUUAUUUUAUACAUAAUUAUUUUGGAUGUAGAUAUAUUUUAUUUAACUAUAUUUUAUUUAAAUAUUAUUAAUUUAAUUAGGUGGCAAACACAGAAUAUACGAAAAAGAAAUAUUUCUCUUAAAAUGUUAAAAGAAAAAUAAUUGUUGGUCCCCUAACGGUUAAAAAGAUGUAAAUUAUCACUAAACUGAUUGUUUCUUGGAAAAUUGAGUUGUUCAGAGAAACGAUUUCAAAGUCGAGUGCGAAUCUAAAGAUUCGAUUAAUAAAACUAAGUUCUGCUUGUUAAUUUGACUGCGUGAUUGUUCCUGUAUAGAUACUUUUUAUAGUGAGAAGCAAAAGUAUCCCGCUUUACUAUCGAUUGCGACAUAAUUUUGAUAGUCGAUCGUAACAGUAAAAGUUGUUAUGACUUACUAUCAGAGAUUGAAAGCGACAUAAUACUGAUUUUUCGUCGGUGAGUGCAUCAGCUUGCGCCCAUCUAUUGUCACGAACAAACGUGGAAAUUAUUUUCGCGUGCAUCGAUCUCAAUGAAUUUCGGUCUCUGCUUAUUGUUGAACACAGUUUUCUACCAAAAAAACAGUCGAUCUCUCGUGUGUGUAUAUAUCUCACCUCUAUAAUUUACUAUAUCAAAAGUUCUGAUGUAAAUAAGUGCGAACGAGACGAUAUUCACGAACACGAUCAUUAACGAUACCUCGCUUGUUAAUCACACGGUUAUUAGAUACACAAGUGUCACUGCUGAUUCUAGAGAAGCGUCUUGCUCAAAACCAGCGGGAUAUUGGUUUUAUAAUCGAAUUAUCUUUUUAUUGCCUGCCGGAGAAAAGGCGGACAAUAAUCGCGUUUCGAGCAUGCAACAACUGGAAGAUCUACGCGCCGUGAUCGUGCGAUUUAACGAUCGACGCGCAUAUGUGACAGCGAAGAUCUACCUUCGGGAUUUAUGAAGCCUCGAGACGGAUGCCAUUUAAUCUAAAUUCAUCGUGUAUAUAGACAUGACUAGAUAGUAUUUAUUCUGUGUUCGCUCGGCUUGUAAGAUAGAAGAGACGCCAGGCAGACGCUGGAAUCGCGAAGUUGUUAAUAUAAACGGUGUAAAGAGAAAACAGGACGGUAUAGGAUCGUUCCUGUCCAGAGGUACAGGCGUUACUCGAGCAUUGUCCCAUACGAGUGCGCGUGCGAGCGAGAAGCAUGUAUUUACGAUGUGAGUGUAAAUAUUAUCCGCAUAGGUUCUAAGUUAGUGAAUGCGAUGCAAAUACACGGUAUGAUAAUAUCGCGAGAAGUUCCUAAAUAAAUUAUGAA